AUGUCCAAAGAGGACAAACUAGAUGAGCUCCUCAAGGAACUCAACGGAAUCUACGAUCGCGAAGUUAACCAGUACCGGCAAUGUUUGAGUGCCGUGGCAGAGGACCUAAACCACGUCCUCGCCCAGGACAAUAUCCGGCAUCUCCCAAUAGCCGCUCGAGUGAAAAGCUGGGAGUCCAUCAAUGGUACUGCACGGCGCCGACAGAAGGACCGUCUGGCCGCCCAAGAAAUUCAAGGCAAGAUGAUUGAACAGAAAGAGAACUGGGAGGUUCAAUUUGAUAGAUACAAAAUGGACAAGGAGGAGAUUGGUUAUUUCAAAACUGUGAAUGAGCUCGAGCUUGGCUUCCACGACAUGCUUGGCGCCCGGAUCGUGCUCUAUUUCCCCAGCGACACAAAGAGGGUCCUCAAACUUCUAAAGGAUGCGGGCUAUGAAAAUGGCAAGGAUCCCAAGAAAAUGGGGGGUCCGGCAAAUAUGAGGAUCCUGCGAAAGCUUCACGCGAAAUGGCUGGAUGCGUCCGCGCCUGCGGCCGCGACUCCGAAAAAGAAGGAGCCGGACGACGACCUCGACACUGAUGGCUUGGAGAAACAGUUUUCGGGAUACGGCGCUAUACACCUGGCUCUCAAGAUACCCAAGAGACUGCACCCGCGAGAUCUGACAGAGACGGAGAAGGAAAUCUGGGAGAAGAAGGUGGUAGAAAUCCAAGUCGGCACAGUCAUCAUGCAUGCCUGGGCCGAGGUCGAGCACGACAUCACCUACAAGACCCACGGACGCGAGGUGACGCAGGAUGAAAAGGCUGUUUUAGAUAUCCUCAACGGCCUCGCCAUUGCCAGCGAGGUAGGCUUGCGUCGCUUCCGAUCACCGCCGUCCUCGACGUCGGCUGCUGCUGAGGACGUCGAGGAACUGCAGGGUUGGAUGCACCAGUUCUACAUCACCAAGAACCGGGACAUGCCGGACGAGUGGCUUGACCUAGAUCAGCUUUGGGACUUUCUGAUUAAGCGCAACCAUAACCAGCGAGACAAGUUCCUGCAUUACGCCGAGGUCGCCUGGAAUAUUCUCCUGGUGCACGAGAAAAAAGAAGGCAUCGACCUCGACCACGUUUUCCCCUUCAUCAUGAUGCACCACCAUGUGCCGGUUCUUGUACUUGAACAAGGCCGUCGCAUCAAGGCAGAGAAGGAGGCUGCUGAGAAGAAAGCUGCAGAGGAGGAGGAGGAGGCCGACUCGGAGCGUGGGGCGUCGAGCCCGACAGAUGUGAAGAAGAAGAAGGAGAAACACAAACACCCAUUAACAAGGGCAGAUAAUAGAAAAAUAGUACACCUUCUCGAGAAAGCUAACGACAAGGAUCUGGAAGAAAUUGCGAAACUUUUGAGACAGUUCAAGAUGGCAGCAGGUAGUCAGGGAGAGUCAGAAGGAGAAGAGUACCUGGGAGUCAUCAGUCUAAAGGAGUGUGAAUCCCGUAUUGCUUCUGAUCCAAAGUGGCUGGACAAAGUUCGAAGACGUUACGACGAGUGGAUUUUGGAGGAAAUUCCGCCACAUGGUCGUUGGGCGACGUUUUAUGCAGAGUCGACCGAGCUUGGUUUCCCGAUGAGGACUGUUCAGCGGAUGAGUCAAGAUGAUUUGUCGAGGAAGAGUCGGGGUGAACAGUUUAGUGACUGGAUUAAUAUGCGAUGGGCUCGGUGUGGGCUUACGUUGGAAUACAUGGCUCCGGGCAUUAGCAUGAUGUUGGUUUUGAAGCAUUACGGGAUGUUUUGA